AUGACUAGUACUUGCGAAAUAUAUGAUCCAUCAACGAGCCUAUGGACCACUACUGCAAACCUGACAACAACACCCAAUUAUCAUACUGCAACCCUGCUAAAUUCCGGCAAAGUUCUUAUCGCUGGUGGUUUUAUAGCAUCGACGACUGCUACUGCUGUUUGUGACAUAUUCGAUCCAACAACAGGCCUAGUGAGCACUACAGCAAGCAUGCAUACAGCACGCUAUUCUCAUACUGCAACCCUGCUGAAUUCCGGCAAAGUUCUUGUCGUUGGUGGUUACGACACCACGCGUCUUGCUACUUGUGAAAUAUUUGAUCCCUCAACGAGUACGUGGACCAAUACUGGAAGCAUGGCAGUAGGACGCACUUUUCAUACUGCAACCCUACUAAAUUCGGGCAAGGUUCUUGUCACUGGUGGUUAUACUCCAUCGUCGCCUACUGCUGCUUGUGAAAUAUUUGAUCCCUCAACGAGUACGUGGAGCACUACUGCAAACAUGACAACAGUGCGUUAUUCUCAGACUGCAAAUCUGUUGAGCUCCGGCCAAGUUCUUGUCGCUGGUGGUUACAGCGCAUCGUCGCCUCUUGAUACUUGUGAAACGUUUGAUCCAUCAACGAGCCAAUGGAACACUACCGCAAGUAUGACAGCACCACGUUAUACGCACAUUGCAAACCUGUUGAACUCCGGCGAAGUUCUUGCCGCUGGUGGUUUUACCACAGCGGCUAUUGCUACUUGUGAAAAUUAUUCUAUAUGA